AUGGACUCUUUCGAUAGUCCGCUCGCCUCUCCAACUAAAGCUCGCCAGGCUGCUAUCCAAGCCAAGGAUUGGGCGUACGUGAACUCCUGGCUCAGCCGACAGUAUGCGCCCAAGCCAUUACCCGCGUUCGAACGGAACGAAGAUACUCUCAAGGUUCUCUUAACAUUGGCAGCUGCCAAUGACGCCGCCGAUGAGGAGGCUCUUUUACAGCAUCGCGCGCGCGAAGAAUCAAUCCAAAUAUUCAAGCUACAAGAAGAGGCGGCACGCAAAGACGCACAUGAACGACAGAAGACUGAGAUUCUAGAGGAGGUGGAACUGUGCAUGGAGCACAAAGGCAGACAAGAUCUGGAUGAUCUAGCCGAGACAGCAGUCGUUCUGGGCAACACAUUGAACCCAGAUCCUGCAGAUCUUGGUCAGUCUAUUGUCGAGCUCACCGUGGAGGUCUUCGACGCGCAAGAGCAAAUGGCCAAGGUGGAAACGCUGCACCGCUACCUUCAAAAGGAACUAUCGCGGUUACAAUCUGAGCUCGACGAUCUCAAGUCUGACAAGGCUUAUGAGACUCCGUCGGAUAUUCAAAGCUUGACUUCUGAAUGGACACGGGGUACGAAGACACUGACCACGAAGGUUGGGGAAUAUCAGGACCGCAUUGCAUCUCUCGAACGAAACCAGCCGAAAGGCCCUACUAUUGACGAGCUGAUGGCGGAAGAAGAGAAAGUCAUACGGCUAAGGGAGACGGUCAAGGGGCUAGAAGGAAGGGUGAAAGCUUUCCACGAUCUUCCCAAAGACAUACCAGGGGCACGAGCUAGGUACAAAGAACUGGAGCGUGAGCUCAGCCAACUUACGCGGCAAUGUGAUACUAUGUUUGGAAGCUUGGUGGGGCACCGUUGA